AUGGUUGUAAGAUCUCUUGAUGUCGAGAAAGACCCAUUCCGACCUCCGAACGAUGGAAAGGAAAUUCUUGGUCCAGAAGUACCAUAUUUAAGUGCAUUUGGUGCACUAAUGUUUCUUGCUAGUCAUACACGACCAGAUAUAUCAUUUUCUGUAAAUUUAUUGGCAAGAUAUAGUUCAUGCCCUACGAAGAGGCAUUGGAAUGGGGUAAAACAAAUAUUUCGAUACCUUCAAGGUACAAAAGAUAUGGGGUUGUAUUUUACUAACCAACCGACAACAAGUUUGGUUGGUUUUGCAGAUGCAGGGUAUUUGUCUGAUCCUCACACUGGACGAUCUCAAACUGGAUAUUUAUUCACAAGUGGAGGCACUGCUAUUUCAUGGCGUUCUGUAAAGCAAACCAUCACAACCACAUCAUCUAACCAUGCAGAAAUAUUGGCGAUUCAUGAAGCUAGUCGAGAAUGUGUUUGGUUAAGAAGUGUAAUACAACACAUUCGUGGGUCUUGUGGUAUUUCUACGAUAGAUGAGGGAGCGAUAAUUCUACAUGAAAACAACGCAGCAUGCAUUGCUCAACUUAAGGAAGGAUACAUCAAAGGUGAUGGAACGAAGCACAUUUUACCAAAGUUCUUUUUUACACAUGAUUUGCAAAAGAAUGGAGAUAUUACUGUCCAACAAGUUCGUUCUAGCGACAAUUUGGCAGACUUGUUUACUAAAUCACUUCCGACCUCUACAUUCAAGAAACUGGUUCAUGGGAUCGGGAUGCGUCGACUCAAGGAGCUUAAAUCAUCAGGGGGAGAAUAA